GCCAAAUGAUACCAAGACCAAGAUUUCGAAGAUCAGCCAAUGACUCAGCGUGAUUUAAAAAUUGUACUCCGGUCCCGGGCCGCGCAAGCGAGCCGAGAGCGCUUUGAUGGAAUCUUUGCUUGUUUUUCCGCCAUCAUAAUAUGCAACUGAGUCUCGGACUGCACUCAGACUACCUAUCCGCGUUUGGCCAGGAACUUGAAGGAACACCAUAGCAAGGCCUAGAAGACGUUCGCGAUGCACUCGUGGAGCAGAAGCUUUGCUGAUCUUGAUAAACCAAUACAAGCUUUACGGCACUUCUAAACUUGAUCACCUGGAUUGUGUACCUUGGGUUGGCAAGGGUUCGGCAUCGCGAUUGGAAUUCAUCAAGACCCUGGUUGAUCAUUAUUCCUCAUUCUAAAGUUCGUUCAACUUUGUUCCAGCUUGAAUCACGAAUCAAAAAUGAACCCGAAGACUGUGGUGUAUGAAUCAUCAGACGACGAGGAAUACUCAAACGGCUUGGACGAUUUCAAGAUGCAAGUAGAAGCUUUAGAUCACUCCCAGUCUCCAACUCAACCUUUGGCUGAAGUCCUUGGAGAAAAACUGUCCAUUUCGCAGGAGACAACGCCUCGAGCGACUAAGGUGGAUACGCAUUCACGAAGUCGCUUGUCGCAUGACGACGAGGAGAUGCGUGAGAUCGAUGAAGUAGCUCAACGAUUGAUAGAAUCGGACAGUGAUUCUGGGUCAGCACCGUCGACCGAGCAAUCUUCGCUGUUCUCGAGUCGCACGACCUCGAUAUCGUCCGUUGAAUCCACGUGCCUGAAGCGUGGACCAGACUGGUCGCCGCCUCCCCCGCCAGCGGUUAAGCGCAAAGUGUCAUCUUGCGCACCAGUUGUGAAUCUGCCACAGGUCGGAAAAGGUCGAAAACGCAGAUCCCCCGAGUUCGGUGUCGAAUUAGAUAUUGUCAACAUCGCCCACUGCGAGAAGGCUCAGAUGGUGCUUGAUCGACAUAAACUUGCGUGGGGAACGAUUUUCGAACUGGCACGAGGUGUCACUCGUGGCAUGUGGACAUUCCAAGACAUGACAGAGCAUCGUCUACAAAAACUCAAAGGUUCAAACGCUCAAUCUGCCUGGAAAGUCGCUAUCGUCAUGGCAGACAAAGUUCCAUCUGCGAUGGGAGCGCCAUCUGAACUUUGGCUCGAAUACGAUCGCGAGCAGCUCGCGAUUAUCGAAAACGAAGGUCGCGGUCUGGGAACUAUGGGACAGUGGGAAGGAAAAGACCAUUGGUACGGAGGGAAGAUCCAGCAAGUUGCCCGUGUCGUGAAAGCUGGAUCGUCUUUUAAAUUCGAACUCGAGAAACCAGAGAUUCGGAGAUCACAUCGGUUCGCUCGGUUCUUGGGGUCUCGUCGCAUCCUCCAAGUCCGCGUGCCAGAUAACCUUACCUAUGAUAAACUCGGCUCGGCACUCCGGGAAUUCUUAAUAUCAAGUAAAUUCGUGUUAUGUGGCCGCGUCUUCGUACCCUUCCAUGCUAAGGAAGGGAGCAUGUACCUUUUUGAAACGAACGAGAACAUAGAUCGGCAGACAAACCUUGGCGAUGGCGACAGUCACAGACUGACACUCUACCAGUUCGUGAAAUGGCACAAUCCUCUGAGUUUGAAUUCGAAACAGCCCAUCAGCAAGUGGUCUACACGAUGGGCGCUCGGCCUAUCAACAUCGGUGCCGACAAUUGAAUUCCCUCCAGAAAACAUAUUCUUCAUUAGUGACCAACAUGCUGUGGACUGGGGCAAUGGAAAGCCCCCAGCUGAAAAAAUCAUGACUGAUGGGUGUGGUUAUAUCAGCGGUGCGGCCUUGACGGCCAUCAUGCGAGUGAUGAAGUAUUCGAGUAGACCGACUGCCGUACAAGGACGCAUUGCCGGUGCAAAGGGAAUGUGGAUCUGGAUACGUGAUUCACAGAAUAAGAUCAAUCUUGGCUCGCUACACAAGGUCGACAGCGCGCACAGGAUUUUCGACCUCCUUGCGCCAUCUCGGGUAACCGGGCCAAGUCGUCUGUCGAGUCAGACGCUCGUCAACUUGGCGCAUGGCCGUGUUCCCCUGUCUGUUCUGAAGGAUCUCAUGGCAGAUGGGCUUCACGAGGAAGUCCGUCAGCUGACUGAAUGGAGUGGACCAGACAGCAUGCUUAUGGUCUGGCGAGCUGUGGAGCAAGCCGGCCGUGUUGUAACAUCGAGGCUGCGGCGGCGCAUUGCUGGCCAGGCACGAGCGCUUGGUCUUGGCCAACUCCGACCCAACGAAGAGCUCGCUGCCGGAAUUGAUGAUUAUGACGAUGUCGCGGUGAGCCCAUCGCUGGGUAACUCGGUUAAUCGGGGUCGCGAUCCUUACAGCGGUUCACCGCUGACUCUACAUGAGUCGGUCCUCGAACUCCUGCAGGCCGGUUUUCAUCCUCUUAAGCUUAACCAACUUUUUUACAAACUUGAGUACGUGGUGACCCAAGUCCUCGACGACUACAUUGAGAAAUUCCACAUUCCGGUCAAGGAGUCCCUGGAAGCUUAUAUCAUACCGGAUCCGUAUGGGGUCCUCGAGGAGGGGGAAAUACACUUCCGUUCUUCAGAACUCAUCACUGACCCUGAAAGCGGUACCCAGAUGGAUACCGUGACAGGGUCUGUUUUGGUGUGGAGGAAUCCCACAAGACUGCCCUCCGAUGUUCAAAAGGUCACUGCCAUCAGCCACCCAAAAUUGGCUAAUUACUUCGAUGUCAUCGUGUUUCCUGUGAAAGGGGAGCGCUCAUUGGCGAGCUACUUGGGUGGAGGAGAUUAUGACGGAGAUACGGUCACGUUGGUCUGGUCCAAACGUCUUGUCGAGACCUUCAACACCGCACCGCUGUGUACGGCGCCUGCGAGUUUGAGCGACGACUUUGAGAGAGAAGUUGAACAUGUUGAGGAUUUUGACGGACGAGUAUCCAAGCUCUCUGCAAAGGAGGCUCAAACUGCGUUCCAGAAGGUCCUCCUCCUUGGACUCGCAGAGACGAAAGUCGGAUUAUAUUCAAAGUUCCAUGACCUCGCCGUGUAUGAGCGCGGCUAUGCAAGUGCUGCCGCCACUCGACUGGCAUACAUGUUCACUACCUGCCUUGAUGCGAGCAAGACGGGGCUGCGGGUCAAAGCCCAUGUCUUCGAGCAAGAUCGCAAAUCUUGUGGGAACCGCAAGCCUUAUUACAUGGUCGCUCUCGAACAGAAAACCGAGGGUCAAGCGGUAUCGAAGCGCAAGGGCUCGACUCCGUACAUUCUCGAUGCCCUUGUUGAUGAGGGCCGUCGCCUCCGCGACGAUUUCCUCAAACAAUAUUCUGUUCUCCGGAGUUCUUCCACUAAGACGGCAGACCACGACCUCACCUCCCCUUACCUUUCUGCGUCUCGUAGGGCAACGCAAGCUUCGUACGCGGGUUUUCACAUUCUGCAAGAUAACUUAAGCGCCGUCAAAGUCCAUGUCCAGAGAGCAUAUGGGGACUGGCAAGCCGCCGUUGCUCUCCAGAAGAAGACUUCGGAAGAGAGGGGGUCUUCGGAUCCCAAGUCACAAGCGAUCCAAAAAUCCGUGCAACACUUUGCGCGGCGGCCAGAGGAACUCAAAAUUAUCAUGGCAUCCUACGCAUACAAUCUUAGCAGUGCAUUCGGCUUCUCCGUUGCAUUCGCGGAGCUCUGCGCCAUCAAGGCACGAGUCCAAGGUGCUGUGCUUUUUGCAGAUAGGUUCGCAGAAGUGAUGUGUAUUCCUAACAAUAUCCUUCGAGCCCUUUCACAAGCAUAG